UCACUUCCCGCGUUGAGAUGCUAUUGCAAAUCAUUUCUUGUUGCCAGUCAAGUCCGAUCGGCCACUCUUACUCACCAUGGCGCUGAUGACCCCAGGACUCUUAGCGAUUCUUGGUGUUACUAUCUUGGGGGCCGCAAGCCGGGACUGUCCGUCGCCGUGCAAGUGUUACCCCGAAGACGCAGACUGCAGUAAUAAGAGCCUGACCUUCCUGCGGAACGCGAUGUUCAACUGGACAGGUGCCGAGCGCCUCUCGGAACUCAGCCUCGAGAACAAUCAGCUGACGUCAUUUCCCGCUCACAUAUUCGAUCCACUUGUAGGGCUGAAAACACUAAACCUCAAUCACAACCAGUUGCAAGUCCUUGAAGUAGAUGUUUUCUCGAAACUGAGGAACCUCAAGUUCCUGGACAUGAAAGACAACCAUCUGACAACACUUCCGGUUGGGUUAUUCGACUUUCAGAACAAACUUAUCUCUCUGGACUUAAGAAACAACCUUUUGACGACACUUGAUGUCAAUGCAGUGUCUUCUUUGUUGAGUCUAGACGUUUUUGCCAUCAAGGGGAACCCCUUGAUUUGCGAUUGCACGUUGCAACCUGUCGUACACUGGAGCUUGGUCAUUCUGGAAAACAAUGACGCUGUGUGUCGCUCUCCUCCACAGUACAGGGGUCUCAGCUGGUACGUGUUGACAGGCGUCCUUUGCUCUGCUGUGUCAACCACAGUCAACACCACUCCGUCAACAGACUCACUGACAGCCAUCGAUUUAGAGAUGUCAACGUCUUUUGACGACAACUCCACCGAGUUGUCGUCGUACAACGACACACAGAAGGAGAACGACCAUGUCAACGUCUUCUCGGGAGGUUCCAUAAUCGUAGUAGCAGUGUCUUUGUUGUGUAUUAUUGUUUUUGCAGUCGCUCUGGUGCUCAUCUUUUGGUACAGGAGACUGAGUGCCAGAGUGACAAAUUCAUCGGUGCCGAAUUCUGAACAAGACAAGGGACUGGAGGAAUUUUACGACGAUAUUAAUAUCGAAGGGCAUUACGAAUACUCUCAGAUUGGAAAUAAAGAAGGGAAAAGUUGUACCAUUGACUCAGACCAUGAUACGGUACGUUACGUGUUACGUCCUUGCUCCAAUGUGUAGUUUAUCAAAUAACCAGUGUUUCCUCUGUUUAAAAUUUAGAAUAUUUAAGGCAACACCUUCGACUAGUUAAUCGUCUUCGUGGGCGUAAUGAUAAAGUCAGGCUAUAGGCGAUUAAAAUAAGAAUUCGUUUGGGGGACAAAAUUUUUAAAACUUACUCGUCUCUGUGGAAGCUGGAAAUUCGAUCUGACAUCUAACAUGAUUUCGGAAGUGGUCUGGUAGUUGGAAAAAUUUUCAUAUCUACUCGUUUACGUCUGUGUUUGUGUCGAAAAUGUCUAACGCGAGCCAGGUUGGUGUUCGGAAGUUACGAUUUGAGGGAAUCUCUGCUUCGAGUAUAAAGUUGUAUAUUUUUCUGAUAUGUUGCACUGAGUACUGUGGCAACAGACAGCCAUCUUAAAUUGCUUGGGAGAGAUUUAAAAAUAAGGCGUAUAAUUCAUUAGAUGUUGUAGAUGUUAGAAGUACACCGAGACAUUUAUAAAACCAUUGUACAUAACACGUGACUUGCCUUCGUCCGUAAUGAGUGUACCUUAUGCUUCAAGACUUUGUGUAGACUUGUCUCAGGCUUCGGGACGCAUUCAUACGUCGAAAACGAAACUGGCAGGAUCGCGGGGUAACUAGGCAGUGGGCGGUGAGUCACUUCGAGAACGGUGUAUGUUCUCAUACCUUUCGAGAGAGUUACUUAUGACAGUCAGUCUAAUGUGAAAGCCAAGAAAUGUCGAUCAGGAUGCAAAAAUCAAACUAUCGUUCGUUCAACCGUGUCUUCUUACACGUGUCCCGACAAGAUUUAUUCGAAGAACAUGCUCAACUUGUCUUUCCAGUUUCCGUGCUUUCGUAUGUGUAAGUGACGAGGGUUUAAUAACCAUGCCAUCACAACGUCUCGCUUAUUUUCUGGUACAGCCUUGUGCUAAUUGUUUCAGAGUUGUUUCAUUUACGAACGCGGCUGUACUGAGUUGCAAAAUUAAUACACUGAAGUAUACAUAAAAAUUAUGUUCGUGAUGAAAUUAAGAGAUCAAAAAACUGAGGAACUAUUUGUUUUUAUGUACUUGUAAAGUUGUUGUAAUCACUACUACAUUUGGAAAGUGAACACAUUAAGAUUAUUAAAACACUCACUUUUGUUUUA